AUGUUGAAAAACCUGGCUCUUGGGUCAUACACGUACAACAGUUCCGCACAUUUCAUUGAUUUUACGACGAUUCUUACAUCAUAUUUUUCUGUUGACGGUAAGAAUGGCCUCUUAGAUGACUCGGUGUUGUGCUCUGUGACGGAACCCGGGUUCGAAUCCCAAUGGAUCGGUGUGGACCUAGGGAACAUGUUCACUUUGUUUUACGCCAUCCUCUAUGUUGGAAAAAAUUGGUUAGGAAAUUGGAACGGUCUGGACUUUUUCAUAGUGGGAGUGAGCAACAGGUCCCUGGAUGUUCACCCGCCAGUGAGAGGCACCUACGAUCUCUGUGCUCAAUAUCCAGGUGUGGUUGCUCCGAAGCAGGUGGUUCAGUUGAAUUGUUCCUCUACUACGCCUCCAGCCAGAUACGUCAUACUGCAACAACCUUCCAACUCUACUGGAUACAUGUCCGUCUGCGAAUUCGAGGUCUAUGGAAUUUCAUUCGGAAAACAGCGCGUCAAUUUGUUGCUUGGGAGGCCAGCAUACAGCAGUUCUUUCCACUUCACAACCCACUGUCUAAAAUGGUCGGGUUCUUUGGUUGUCGACGGAUUUCACGACACCAACGUUGCCAACUGCCACUGCGGACACACGAUCGAUGAAUUAGGCGGACCGAACUGGUACCUUUUCGACAUGGAAGGUGGCUAUCACAUCGACUUCAUCGCACUGACCGCAAGAGGAUGGGAAGGUCGAGAUGAUGAUAUCAUGUCCCACCGCCUGGACAACUUCAUAAUCGGACUGACCGAUGUGGACAGUUCAACAUCAGCUCCACUGAGAAAUAAAUAUCCAAUGUGUGCCACAUGGCCCGGCUACGUCAAACAUGGGAUCAAAGUCGAACUGAAAUGCAAUGCUAACCUGCCCAAAUAUAGGUACCUGAUCGCACAGGGCAGUGCUACAGCUUCCGAUGGCUUCUUCACCAUCUGCGAACUGGAAGCCUAUGAGCCUGUGGAUGAAAAUGCCUUCAGAUGGAAAAGAAAGUCAAACGUGAGAUUGGCUGGAUUCCAAUUCAAGCAGUUGUACGUGAGGAGUGCGUUGGACUGCAUGCAUAAGUGCAAGCAACUGGGAGGAUGUGACUCCAUCAACCUCCAUCCAGCUUCUAAAUUGUGUCAGUUCAAUUCUCAUACCAAUGGCUACAACACAACCUCUCUUACGUCUGAAACCAAUUGGUCGUUUUAUACGGUCAGCUAUAACUAG